CGGUGCGAUUGCGCCAUGUUCCCGCCGCGCGCGCUGCUGUGCUUCUGCUGGUGGUGGUGGUUAAGCGCUGCUGCAGCUGCUGCGCUCGAGCGCGGAGAGUCCAGCACGAGCACGAGCCUGAGCCGCGUAUGCGCGAGAAGUCGGAGCAGAAACCGGAGCAAACCUAUAUACACAUACACACUCACGCGCGCGCACACAAACACAGAGAGCUCGAGCCCCCACAGACAGACCACGAGGACAGAAACAGAGCGAGAGAAAGAGAGAGGAGGAGGAGGGGGACGAGCCUUCAUCAUCUUCAUCUCCUGCAUUAGCUAGGCUACUCCUCUUCUUCCUCCCCGGGAGUGGGGAGGAACCGUCAUCAUCACCGGGAGGCCCUGGAAUAAAUACGACGGCCAUGAAUCGGAUUAGAAGCGUGUGAACGCGUCCUAAGCGCUCCCUCCCCUUCUUCUUCCUCUUCUACUGCGACCACCAAGACCACCUUCAUCAUCACCAUCAUCACCACCCUCCUCCAUCCUCUGGACUCUCUCGGACCUGUAUAUGACGACGGUGUGGGGACAGUAAUGACAGCACGCUUCCGGUUGCCUGCUGGCAGAAGCUCCGAUGUGGGAGAGUCCGAAGUGGCCCGAGACCGACAGAGUGCGCAGGGGGUGUGUAUCGUUUUGCUGCUGGACAACACAGUGCAAGCCUUCAGAGUUAAUAAGCAGGAACAGGGUCAGGCCUUGCUGGACAUAGUCUUUGAACAUCUGCAGCUGACAGAACGAGACUAUUUUGGACUUCAGCUCACUGACGAGACCUCAGAAAAUCAGAGGUGGCUGGAUCCCAACAAACCUAUAAGGAAACAACUAAAAAGGGUGGCUCCAAAUAAUUUAAGCUUUAGGGUGAAGUUUUUUGUUAGUGAGCCAAGCAAACUGCAAGAGGAGUACACAAGGUACCUGUACUUUUUGCAGCUGAAACAGGACAUCUUGAGUGGAAGGUUACCGUGUCCACAGAAUGCAGCAGCUCUUUUGGCCUCUUAUGCCAUUCAGGCUGAGUUGGGGGACUACAGCCAGUCGGAGCACUUGCCUGGCUACCUUUCAGAGUUCAGCUUCAUUCCUAACCCUCCAGAGGACUUUGAGAAGGAGGUGGCCAAACUGCAUCAGCAGCACAAUGGACUCUCUCCAGCUCAGGCGGAGUUUAACUACUUGAGUGCUGCCAGUUCGUUAGAUUUGUAUGGAGUGGAACUGCACUAUGCUCGGGACCAGACCACUGCAGAGGUCUACAUUGGAGUAAUGUCUGCUGGAAUUUCAAUUUAUAAGAACAGGGUACGGGUCAGCCACUUUCCAUGGGUGAAAAUUGUAAAAAUCUCCUUUAAAUCGAAACAGUUUUUUAUUCAGCUCCGAAAAGAAUCGAGUAAGAGCAGGGAGUCUCUGUUGGGCUUCAGCAUGAUGAAUUACAGAGCGUGUAAGAACGUGUGGAAAGCCUGUGUGGAGCAUCAUACUUUCUUCAGACUGGAACGGCCCGCGCCACAGCAAAAAAGCUUCUUUGCACAUUACUUCACCCUCGGCUCCAAGUUCCGCUAUUGUGGAAGAACGGAGGCACAGUCUGUACAGUAUGGAAAAGAAAGAGGGGUCAAGGACAGAGUGUUUGCCAGGUCUCCCAGUAAGCCCCUGGUCAGGAGACUGGUUAGUGGAAUGGACUGGGAGACGGUCAGCAGGAACUCUCUCUCAGACGAUCGACUGGAGACGCAGAGUCUACCCAACCGCUCUCCACCCGGCUCGCCCAACCACUCCAUAUUCACUCCAGACGGCACUCGAGUGCGGCCCUCCUCUAUUGGCCACCUGGUAGAUCAUGUGAUUGACGACUCGCCAUGCCAGGCGUUCAACAACCACAAGUCUGCAUCUUCAACACAGGCUAAUAGCAUCAGUCUAGACUCCACUCCGUCUCCAGAUGGUGCUGUGGACGGCCAGCCGCCCGCUCUUCCCCCCAAACAGUCCAGGAAGAACCUCGUCAGCCACAUCUCCCAAUCACGGUCUGAGCUGGAGCUCGAUGACCCUGCAUCCGAACUGUAUGACAUGCCAGUGGUGUCGGACAAGAGCAUGCAGAAUGGAGCCGUUCCACAUGACAACCUUGUCCUGAUCAAAAUGAAACCAGAUGAAAACGGGCGCUUUGGAUUUAACGUUAAGGGUGGUGCUGAUCAGAGAAUGCCAAUCAUUGUGUCCCGUGUGGCUCCUGGAACUGCGGCUGACCUUUGUGUGCCACGUCUUAACGAGGGUGACCAAGUGGUGCUGAUCAAUGGAAGAGACAUCUCUGACUACACACAUGACGACGUGGUUAUGCUAAUCAAGGCCAGCUGUGAAAACCAAUCAGCGGAGCUCAUUCUGCUCGUCCGACCCAAUGCCAUCUACGACGUAGACGAGGAGGACGAAAAGCUGGAUUUGGAGUCGGAAUUCCACUAUAUUCCAGAGAGCUGUGGGUUGGAUCGUUCCCACUCAGAGCCGGACGGGUGGAAAUCCUCCUUCCAGCUGCUGAGAGACGGCCUGAGCAGCGGCUCCGUGCUCGCCCAGUUCGACCAACUAUAUCGGAAAAGGCCUGGAAUGUCCAUGUCGUGUGCCAGAUUGCCUCAGAACGUCUCCAAAAAUCGCUAUCGAGACAUCUCUCCAUAUGAUACAACACGAGUCGUCCUGAAGGGAACAGAGGAUUACAUCAAUGCAAAUUAUAUCAAUAUGGAGAUCACAGGGGGUGGUGGGGUGAGGCGCUAUAUCGCCUGCCAGGGACCGCUGCCCGGCACCUGCGGGGACUUCUGGCAGAUGGUGUGGGAGCAGAGCGCCACCCUAGUGGUCAUGCUCACUACGCAGGUGGAGCGCGGCAGGGUGAAGUGUCAUCAGUACUGGCCCAACGUUUCUGCAACUGGUACCUAUGGUGGCUUUCAAGUGACGUGCAUAUCUGAGGAUGGGAACUCUGCGUACCUGCUCCGAGCUUUGACACUCACACACCUGGAGAGUAAAGAGGAGAGGCAGCUUUGCCAGAUGCAGUACAUGGCUUGGCCUGAUCACGGUGUCCCGGACGACUCCACCGACUUCCUGAACUUUGUUAGUCUGGUUCGCAGCAAACGAGGCGACUCGCAGGAAGCUGUGGUGGUGCAUUGCAGUGCUGGGAUUGGUCGGACGGGAGUUCUCAUCACUAUGGAGACAGCGAUGUGUUUGAUCGAGCGGAGUCAGUCUGUGUAUCCGUUAGACAUCGUGAGGACCAUGAGAGACCAGCGCGCCAUGAUGAUUCAAACUCCAAGCCAGUACCGCUUUGUGUGUGAGGCCAUUCUGAAGGUGUAUGAUGAGGAGAUGGUGAAGCCCCUGGAACUGCCAGAGCCGGCAGAGCCGCCGGAACCGCCAGAGCAGCCGACCUGCGAAGAAGAAGAAGAGGAGGAGGAGGAGGACGAGGAAGAAGAGGAGGAAGAAGAGGAGGAGGACUGAAGAGCUGUUCUCUGCCAGGCUCUCUGCUGUACCACUACUGCCUGUGACAACUGCAGCCAGCUCUCCCUCGCCCCCUGCUGGCCCCCGCCAGCAGAACUGAAGCCUGCAAACUGGAACACAGGCGACAAAGCACUAUUUGCACUUUAUGUUAACAAACGACGACUUAUAAGGGGAUUUACUAGAAAGACAAACGCAUCAGGUUAUCGCAUAAGCAUAGAUUUAUAACAACGAGAAACAUUCAGGGUGGAGAAGAAAAAAAAAAGAAAAGAAAAAACUGAAUGGAGCGUAAGAUGACGUGCUUGACGUGCUGACUUGCUGUAGUGCCAUACACUGAAACGAGCCACAGUCCGCUAUUUAUUUUAUUUUAUUUUUUGUAUUGGGCUUUGAGGGCCCUUGCCCUCCCUCCCCUCUCUCUUUCUCUCUCUCUCUCUUUUUAUUCCUCUCUUUAUCGCCACAGUAAAUCUGUCAGUACUUUGAGCUUUCAAGCCUCUGAAAUCUCCCUUUAGCGGAGUCCUGCACAAGUACUCUGUGAGAAAUACGUAUUCAGAGAGUAUUCAGCUUUUGACGGUACUCUUUUCUUAAAAGCUUAAGCUUCUCCGAGGCCUCGAAAAACAAAAAGGAAAAAAAAGACAGUACUACUGCUUUGACGUGCACUGUUUUUCCUCUAGAGCCCGCCGUGUGUCCAUCCCAGGGCUCUUGAGCCAUUGUAAAACUAUUCGUAUAUAAAUCCGUAUAAAGGCCAGCAGCUAGGAUUCCAGCUAUACUGUAUACAGUAUGAAAAACAAAUAAUAAUGUGAAGAAAAGAAAAAAAAAAACAAACCUGAUGUGCUGCUGUAACAGUGUGUGAUUUUGCCCACGAGACACCAGAUCAGAUCAGGCCGACUGGUUUGGCUUCCUGUCUCACAGUUUCUAGAGCACAUGGUUCAACCCAGUCAUUACAAAGCUUCUAAAUCAAUAGUUCCCCCACCCAGCUGUUGCAGUUGGAUUUCAGCACCUACUUAUCUCUUAUUUGGUCGACUUGAACUUUUGAGGCCUCAACAGUGGAGGGAACUCUUCUUCUUUUGUGUAAAGAAACUAUGGAGUCUUCUGCGUUGCGUUUCAGCGUGCAAAUAUCUGUUCAGCAUUCAGACUGCUGGUGAAGAUGAUGAGCUAGUUGUAUCAGAUUAUCAUGUAUCUUUUAUUUUGUAAAACACAACCCUUCAUAGCCCAUUAUUUUGGCUUUUAAACUAAGAAAAGUACUCACGGUUCAUACACAUUUUAACCAAUGAUGACUUUCAGUGACUUUUCCAUGCCUUCAAGGGACAUUUUCAUGACCAUACGAUUUUUAAAACAUCAGAGCAGACAUAGACAAUAAAUUCAAAAAUCAACUAAAAUUAAUUUGAUAAAAAUGUUGACACCCAAUCUUUAAUAAUAAAACGUGUGUCAGAUCCUUAGAGCUCUAUUGUGUAGGGUUAAAUUACUGAAAUAACUCAAAAUAGAUUUUCUCCAUCGAUAAACAAAAACACAAAGACUUGUAGACCAAAUUUCUAUGACUUUUCCAAAAUUUUCUGGGUAUUUUUAUUUUUCCAAAACUUAUGCAGGCCUAGAAAUUGCUUUUUUCAAAUUCCAUGACUUUUCCAGGAAUUUCAUGGCCGUACGAACCCUGAGUACUUAAGAUUCAGAUUUGUACAAAAUGCUGCCAAUUCUGAAUUGUCUGUAAGGUAGGCCAACACUGUUACACUUUUACAUUGCUUUUUUCUGCUAAGUCUUCUUCUUCCUCUUCUCUUUCUUCUUCUUCUUAUUAUUAUUAGGCCCCUUUACCUGGCUGGCUAACUAAACUUAAGUCUCUGCUUUUCUACCCAACCAACUGAGGAAAGAAAAGCAUCUGCUUUAGGUCUGCAACUAACAACGACUAUUUACAUGCAUCAGUUUCAGUUUUUUGAUCAGUUUAUUAUGAAUCUGUACUUAGUCUUAGUUGGUUUGCACAAUGCUCUUCUAAUCAUAUAAACAUCUAAACACCUACAACCUAUAAACAACACUGUUCUAAAUCUAUAUGUUUGCAAAACUGCAAAAGGAUUUAAUUUUUUUUCAGGAGCAUUAGAAACAGAUUGUUUAUGCUUGCUUUAAACAUCACUGCAGCGUUUAAUACUGCUGCAGGUUACUGAAAUAAUCUUUCACUUUGUUGUAAUACAAGCAUCAAAUUAAGUACAGAUCCUCUGCUAGACCUACUUUUUCCGCAAAAAAAAACAAUAUGGCUCCCAUUUUCCAAGAUGGCUACCUUUCUGUGUGUUCAUUUUCCCUGAGUUUGGGAUCACUGGAUGGCUGCUUUUAGAUAUUCUAAAACGUGGAAUGUUAAUGCUCUGAAUUUUAAACAAUUAGUUAGUUAGUAGCUUGCUCUGGAAUAGAGCUCAGUUACCUGAACUAAUGGUGUACAUCAAUUUUGGUGGCCGUCGGGACACAGAAACUCUAUGGCUUGAGCGGAUGUGAAAAUGCAUAGGACUGAUUGGAAGGAACAAAGGAUUAAAAAUGACAAAUAGUUGAGUGCAGGUCAGUAUAGCUGUGGAUCAUAGUUUGGGGACCUGCUAUUAAAAAGUACAUGCAGUUUGGUGGCUGUCAGACAAAAGGAAGACAGGGAUUUGGCAUGCAUGAAAAUGAAUGAGAGUCAGUGGGAGGAAAGAGGAAUGGAAAUAAAAUAACAAAUAAAGAAGUGCAGGUCAAAACAACAGUGAAUUUCUGCUUUCGGGCCUGCCCUAGGUUAGUGUAUCUGAUACAAUACAAACUUCUUCCUCCCAUCCAUUAUUAUUUAUUUUUUUUUUUUUAGGAGGGUGGGAGGGUGAAGACUAACACAUGCUUCCUCUGAUACAUGUGAAAUCAGCCUCCGCUUCUUUUCGAGCUGCUGCUGAUGCAGCAUUGCCGAGCAGCCAGCGCGCUCGGAGGAAAACACAGCGGCUCGGUUCCGGUACAUCAGCUCACAGACGCCCUGUGUGGCGGUCAUCACCCUAGGAGUGAUGUGGGCCAAUUGUGCUCCCUCUGAACGCCGGCAGCUUGAUGGCAAAGCUGCAUGAGCAGGGGUUCGAACCUGCGACCUCUCGCUCAUAGUGGCAGCGCUUUAGACCGCUGUACCACGCGGUGCCCCCUUCUCAUCCAUUCUUAUGGGAAAAAAUAUUCAAACUAACAACAUUUUUACAAAAAUGUGCAUCCAAUCAAAAAUCUGUAUACAAGGUUGCAUUAUACCAUCAGACCAAACAAUAUGGAGUUAAAAUGGUGUUGAUAUCUCGAAAACUGCAGGACUAUUUACGCAACAACGAAAGUGACCACAGAUAACAGUAUAGUUGUGCAUAUAGCCAUCAUAUUUUUUUUUUUUGGGAACAGAAUUGUACACUGUAACCUUUAUUCCACUUUUUUUUUAAUGGCCACCAAUUUGGAUGUUAAGGUGCUUGCCACAUGCUUUUCUAAUCAUGUAGGUCAUGUAAGUCAUUACUCAUGCCAGAUUUGGUGCUUGUAACACAAAGUAAACGAUUCUUUUAAAUAUGGACUUAAUCUGCAGCACUAAGGUGGAUACAACACUUUAACAGGACAUACAAGGCAUCCCAAGAACUGGUGACAAUGUAGAACCUUUAAAUAAAAAACAAUUUUUUUU